AUUUAUUACCUUCCAUUUUUUGGUUCUCCCGGUUGGAAAAUCCAACAACAACAACAACUUUUCAGAAAAUGGAUUGAAAAUCAUUUCCGCUUCUGCGGCAGUUUCUGCAGCAGCGCACCAGCCGACAAUGUUUGGUCGUUGAUGAUCGCCCCCAUUUUUCUUUUCCGUCUUCUUCUUCUCGAAAAACACAUCAGAAGAAGUAUAUACCGCCAACAUUUUCUGGGCGUUGCGGUUUCAUGUCCGGCCGGACGUCUUAAAUAUAUAACUUCCUCUUUCCUUUCUUCCUCUCUGCCGAUUGCCCAAUAUCAUUUUAAUGGAGCGCUCGCGCGUGCAGCCCUAAACUCCCGAUAGUCUUUGACUCCAUACGUAGCGCUCGCCUAUAGUCAUAGUCGAAGGGCAUCGGCCCAUUUCUGUUAUUAGUCCGUCCGGGACUACUUCCCGUCCCCAUCACUUGGUCACGAACCAUUCACGCCAAAUUCGCUUUAAGGCUUCGGGGAAAUUUGAUGCCGAUUAAAGUUAAAUGAUUUCAAAAUAAUAGGAAAAAAGUUGCAAACUCCGUUCCGGUGAUUCAUCAUCUGACUGGAAAUCUCGAGCGAGUGGGGCUGGCCGCUGGUUGGCUGGCCAGUGCGAUGCGUCACGUCACAAGUUUUUCGGCGAUAGAGUGGCGACUUUGGCGGCGUCCGUGUUGUUCUGUCGGGAGUUUGCAAACGUCUCUGUGGGUGUGGAUCGUGAACUGCACUUGGGUCACUCCCGCAAAAAGAAAGAAACCUGUGCGGGAUUCGUUCCGUCGAAAACAAAAAAACUACCCAGUCGCGGGAAACCAAAAUAAAUAGAGAAUCAAGUGUGUGACGGUUCUCUGGGUGUGUGUGUGUACACCGAACUUGUUCUGUGUAUACACACCCCAGAAAACUCGGAAGCCCAAAGUUAUACCGCUACCCCGAAAAAAAGUUUUCCAAGUCCACCGUCAUGUGUAAUCUCUCGUUGCGGAUAAUUUUGAUAAGAGCCCUCGGUACAAUAGGGACGAGAAAUGUGAAGCAAGUCGGGCAAAAGUCACGAACGAAUGUCGUUCAUUAUUGUACUACUCGCACUUAAUUAUUUGAAUGCCAGGAAUUUUCUGUUUUUUCCACAUCGCACGACAUUGUGUCGUGGUGAUUUACUAAUUUUUAAAUGUACUGCGCACACCAUUUUCUGAGAAAUAUCAAAUUUUUUUUUAUUUUUUCGUCGGUGGUGGGUGACGACGACGACACGCGCCUGUUUCGCCCUUGGGCUCUCCUGUAAGGAGCCCACAACACCGACCAAAGGGAGAAGUUUUUUCUUUCCUAGCUCCGUGUUAAUCGUUAAACCACACUCUCUGCUGUGCUGCUGCUGCUGCUGGUGAAAAUCGUGACAGACACUACACACAUGGCGUCGUCCCUCGGCAGCCCGGCAUAUGCUGGUAAACCCAACACCUGGCGGACACCUCCACCCAAUCCCCUUAGUCCGUCCAGCCAGCCAGCCAGCAGUCCUCUGUGUGUAUCAUCUGCUUCACAAGCAGCCGACGACCCUAUCUCUCUCUUCCCCCCUCUAUUCUUUUUCCAUUCAAAUGUGUGCGCUGUAUAUAAAUGCAUUUAUCAGACACAAAAGGCGAGUUGGGCUGCUGAGGACCUUAUGGAACACUGCAGCAGCUGCUCUUAUAUAUAUGGAGGACCAUUACACUGUGAAACACCAUCGGUCGAUCCUAAAAAUAUCGAUCAACAAUAGAUGCCGACGGCCUUAGACUUGUGUAAGGUUCCCCCCCGUUCCAUCGAAUAAUAGCUGCCGCACACACACACUCGAUAUAAACAUACUGAUGCACUCGCUCGAGUAUAUGUUUCUCCUGUGCUGCUUUCGGCUCCUGCUGUACGGUAGAUCGGAAUUGUUUCGAUGUGCCGUGCUCACUUUUGGACCUCGGUGUUUUUCAUCAGGUUUUGAUUAUUUGCCUUGCGUGGAAACCCGGGCAGCUGCCGGCCCACAUCACGCCCCCGCAAAAUUGUUUUAUUUCUUCUCCACCCCACCCUGGAAAUGUUUACAGCCAGAUUAAGUUGUUGCGCUAAAAUUGGAACGUAACUUUUUCUCCGUUUCCGUCACUUGACGGACUGUGACGUCGUCGUACGUACAUGAUGAGCAAAAAAAGGACGUGGACGGAAACACGUGUUGUGUUUCAUUCUGUAGGGGAAACAUUUAGCUGUCCCACCCCCUGUAGAGCGUCGACCGGAAGGGUUUUCAUGAGGGCCGGAAGGAUCGGUUCCUUGUAAGAAUCUCUUUUGGCCAAUACAUAAAAGAAAAGAGGAGGGCAAAGGCUUGAAUGUUGUUUAUGUCUUCUUCGAUUACUCAUUUCUUGGUUAAGAAGAAGAAGAAGGGGGGAUCUGGCUUCUUUCUCUAUUUUAGAACCCCAAGAAAGUCACAUGGAUGGAAGAAGGGGGGCGUCGCUGGGCGUCGUUUUCUGUUUUGAAAUGUUGGACCGACGGAGAUGAUGCGCUUCUCCCCUCUCGGUACAACAGCAGCGCACGUCUCGUUUCCGCUCCACAAGUUCCAGGAUCUUUUCAUUCAUGGAUCCCCCCCCCCCUUUCUUUCUGUAUGAGCGUCGCCGUCUGCUUCUCUUUUUCUUUUGAAAAAAGUUUGUCGUGGUGGUGGUGGGGUUCCACCUUAUAGCUGCUCAUGUCCAUAGUUUAUCCUCUUUUAUUAUUUGUUCCUCCCCUUUUUCUUCCCUUCUGACGACUCCCCCCACCAUCCUCUUCUUUGAAAAGCCUGGAGGGGCUGCCAGAAGCGAUCCGGCUGUAUACAUGUUCCAGCCGUGCUGACUGGCUUGCGGCAGCUGUGCACACUUCCACCACAGGGGCCAGCAGCAGCAGCAGCAGCAGCAGCCGGAACGUCAAUAGACUUUCAAGCUCCACCGGUUCAGUAGCGCCAUUCGAAAGCCGACCAUCCGGCCGUGUGGACCUCUCUCUACUCUCCACUCCCAAAGUUGGUCCGUGUACGUGUGACCCAGUGUUUUUUUUAGUUCCUCCAUUUCCACCCGUGUUUGGUUUGUGUGAGUGUGUUCAAAGUUCCGUUGCAUUUUCCUUCCGUGGGAAAUUUUCCAAAAAAACAGCCGAGGAAUUUUGAGAUUUUGUCGAGCUCUCGCUGGCUCGCAUUUUGUUUGUUUGUGUUCAAAUUUCUGAAACCUGCAAACUCAAUUGUCUGGUCAAAUGGUGACCGAGUUGAUCACGUCCGACUCGGGGAAGACCAAGUCCAGUCCAAAGUCGCUCAAAGGUGCGAUGAAAGUCAUCAAGAAACUCAAAGGGCGCAUUGGAUUAGGCUCGAACAAUGGCGACGGCAGCGCGUCCCAGCCGGUCCUCCAGUUUCACAACACGCGCGGAGAGCACGUCCGCUUAUCGGCCGAUCGGAGCACGGCUCGUCGAGUCGAUUCUUUCUGCAAAGGCAUCGCUUUCUCUCAGCGCACUGUCCGUCCCAACGAAAAGGUUUAUUUACGUGUGGCGGAAUGUUCCACCUCGUGGAAUGGAGUACUCCGCAUCGGGUUCACUUCAUGCAAUCCGGCCUCAUUCAGCGGCGUCUUGCCCAAAUACGCUUGUCCCGAUUUGACAAGCCGUCCAGGAUUUUGGGGCAAGGCUUUGCCCGAGCGCUACGUCGAGUCCGGCGUCUUGUUCUCGUUCCAUUUCACGGCCAGCGGCGACGUCAUGCUCAACGUCAACGGACAAGAUAAGGGCGUCUUUUUGACGGGCGUCGAUGCCCGCACUCCCCUUUGGAUUAUGGUUGACAUUUACGGCAACACGACAGCCGUCCAAUUUGUCGAUCCUCGAGGCAGUUUGAACAACAAUCCCAUGCGCAACUCGCCGACACGGAGGAGUACCACCUCGUUGCAUUCGAGCGCAUCCAGCAGCGGAAUCAGCGGCACCUUGGCUGCCAACGACAUGAACCAACGCCCGCACCACCUGGCCCAUCAGCAGAUGCACCACCAGCAGCAAAUGCCACGGCCGCGCAGCGAGGCCGACCUCCUCGUCUCCAUGAACGCGCUCAACCUGAACCGAGGGCCGCAUCAGAUCCCGUCCUUGCCCCUUCCGCCCAUUCCGGGCUCGGCUGGUCACCACCACCUCCAGCAGCAGCUGCAGACCAACAACACGAUACAGCCGCCCGCACCACCCGCCGUCCUCCAGAACUUCCCACCUCCUCCGCCUCUGCGCCACUACCGCCAUCACUCUUUCCAGCCGCUGACGUUUCACCCGCGCACUCACGGAGUCAACAUCCGCAUGGGAUCCGACUGCCGAACGGCCGUCCGUCACGACGCUGAAUUCUGCAAUGGAUACGUCCUCUCGUCCAGGCCCAUCAGUCCAGGAGAGUCGUGGGUCGUCCAGAUUGUCCAGACGGAAUCCAUCUACGUCGGCGGAAUGGGAUUCGGAUUCACCACUUGCAAUCCGGCGUCUCUGUCAUCCACUGACUUGCCCGACGAUGCCGAUCAACUUCUCGACCGACCAGAAUACUGGGUUAUCUCCAAGGAUGUUGCGCAUGGGCCCAUCCUGGGCGAUGAAAUCGAAUUUCAUCUGUCGCACAGCGGCGAAGUGACGAUGAUGAGAAACCGAGGCUCUGCCACUCUUUUGAUGCACGUUGACGUUUCCCUACCCUUGUGGGCCAUCUUUGACGUCUACGGCAGCACCAGAGCCGUCCGCCUCCUGGGCACCAUCUCGCCACCUCAGUCCGUGCCGGAACCGCCCGCUGUCAUCUACCAGGCACCGCCCCGUAUGAGUCCGCCUCGCCCCCAGCAACAACAACAACAGCCGAUUUAUCAAAGCAUCGGGUCAGCAGCUCACAUGAUGCAGCCGACCAUUCCGGCGGGUGUUUUGUCUUCCGGCACGGCCUCGUCUUACGUGGAGACUCUGACGCAGAGUCUCAACUGCCAAACGGCCAGCGGAGGUGCCAGCAGCGAGUGCACCGUCUGCUACGAGCGCAGCGUCGACUGCGUCCUCUACUCGUGCGGUCACAUGUGCCUAUGCUACGAUUGCGCUUUGACGCUCUACCACGGCGGGAGGACAGCCGGCGGCCAAGGAUUGUGUCCCAUCUGCCGGGCACCUAUCCGUGACGUCAUUCGAGCCUACCGAUCCUAGUUCGUCAAUAAUCCGACCGAUGCGCAUUUCUUCCUUUUUCUGUCCUCCUCAAAAGUCAACAAAAUGAAAUGGUGUUUUCCUUUUCUCCCUCCCAAACUCGGUGCCCUAGUCGGUUAACUCCAAAAAGUCACAGGCAUUCGAAACCCUUCAACUCCUUUCAUCCAUUUCUCCUUUCGUCCAUUUUCUCCUUUUUUUUCCAAUUGAUCACGACACAUUCAGAAUUUCAAAUCAUUUGAAUCAAUCAGUGGUCGGCGUGUACAAAAUCUUUCGAGUCUAAAACAAGAGUUGUUGGUAUUAAGAAUUCAGAGCCAGCAAACAAACACACACACAAAAUAAUAAAAAACAAGGAAAAAAAGAUUUCAUUCUUUUUCGCCUCACGUGUUAUUGUAAUUUGGUUUUCAAACCCACGAAAAAAAAUUUCCCCUUUCUCUAGUGAGCGUUCGUGAAUUACAUUUGUGUGUAGAUAAGCAAAAAAAAAGCUAAAAUUAAAAGAAGAAAAAACUGUUAUUACGCAGGAGAAAAAAAAAGAAAGUGGUGGUGGUGGGGUGGAAACAAACUUGAAAAAGGAGGUACAUCGAGCUGUGUACGAUAUUUUGUUGUGUGUGUAUAUCCAUCUCUUUCUUAUACGGACGAGUCUAUCUUUUUUCCUUCUUGAUGUCACGGAAAAAGUUUUUUCCCCUUAUUAUUUUUUUGUUCAUCGGAGAGACGAGCUGUCAGUCCGACAGAUUAUUUGUUUGCGUUUUAUAUCGAAUCUACACUUUAUAUGAUAUACAUUGUACUACUUUUUCGAGCUGCACUCUCUCCCAUCACUUUGCCCAACACCAAAAUUCUUUAUUCAACAAAUAAUAACGUCCCCUCCUCUUUUGUGUGUGUGUGUGUGUGUUUGAAUGUGGGUGUCUGGUUUUCCCUUCUUCAAUUUUUAAAUAAUUGUGAAAUGAUUAUCAAUACAGGAAAAAAGCGAUGGCAAUCAUUUUUUAACGAAA